AUGAUUUAAAACUAUAUGGUGUGCUGUAAUGAUUUGGUUCAGUGGCAUAAGGGGCGAGAAGGAAACACCAUCAGGACACUGGUGACUGAGCUAGCCCUGGGACGCCUUCCCAGAGAAACUUGUUGUGUGACAGACAUGUGUGCUAAACACAACUAUGACGGAAAUCACCCCCGCACACUCCCGCACACUUGCCAAUGCCAGUCACGAGUGGUGAGCGGAAGACCUCCAGGCGAGCCAGUGAGACAGCGCCGAAUUUCCGCGCCGCACUGCCGGUGUGUGGUGACCCAGUUAGGACAGACUUUACAUUAUGCUUCAUUAGAAAACGUGAAAGUCAUGGUGGUGGCGACAUUCCAAGAAGCAGAUGUUGUGGUGCACCUGGCGGCGGCGGCGGCGGCCGGCGGCCGUAUGGCAGGGGUUACAGUGAUGGAGCUUGACGUUGGUGAUCUUUUUGGUGACCGAGAGGCUGCUAGUGUUAGGGGCUCGGACGGAGAGAGUGGCGGUGGGAGUGAUGCCGAGGAGCCGCAGCGAAGUGUAUGGGGGAAUGACACAGAGCAACAGCAGCAGCGCAAUGUAUGGGGAGAUGACACUGAAGAGCAGGGAGAAGCUGGAGGAGAGGAAGAAGCAAAAGAGGCUCCAGCACCCCAACCUAUCAAGGCCAAGAGAGUGGUAGCCAAUCCACUACCAAAACUAGAUGCUCACAGGCUGGCCGGACCAAGGGGGAUGUUUGCACUCAAUAAAAUCUGCCGAAACUUCAAAUUCAAGGGUAAAGGUCAUGAGCGUGAGGACCUAAAGGAGCUGCUGAAUGUACUGGAGCACUGGGCCCACCGCAUGUACCCCAAGCUGCCCUUCAGAGACACCCUUGAACAGAUUGAGAAGCUUGGCACCAAGAAGAAUGUCCAGGUUAACAUCAAGAAGCUAAGGUUGGACAUGUUCAUAGAGGGAGGAGAGGAAGGUGAGGAGGAUAAUGUGAGACGAGGUCCAGAUGACAACUCGGAGACCACUCCAGUUGUUGAUGUGUUUGAUCAACUACUGGGCAUCACACCUACAGGCGAACCUCCCGCUUCCAUCACCACCAACAGCUCAGAUCCUGAAAUGACUGUCUUGCCUCCUGCCUCCCAGCCACCAAAGCCAAAGCUGACUGAAGAGCAGCGAGAGAGGAUAGAGAGGAACAGGCAGCUGGCUAUUGAGAGGCGCAUGGCCAGGCUCAAGCAGCAGCAGCAACAACAACAGCAAGAGAAAGAAGAAGACUUUAUUACACAGCAGAUGAUGAGUUCCCAAGAAGUGGAUUAUUUUGACACACUACCUGGGACAGGAAGAUCUCUUGGCACCUCAGAGGACAGAACAGAAAAAUCCAGUGACACACAAGAAGUUACAGAUAGUGGUGCUGACAAAGUGGAAGCCUCACAGGGCACAAGAGAGCCACAAGAAACACUAGAUGAAGCAGAGGAACUUAUGGAUGGUGGUACAGACAAGACAGAAGGCUCACAGGCUAGAAAAGAGACACAACAAACACUAAAUGAAGCAGAGGAAUGUAUGGAUGGUGUUGGGGAUAAGUUACAACACCCAAAUGACAGAAAACAUGGACAAGAGGGACACACCGACACAGAAGAACCAAUGGAUGUUCUUAACAAGUUAGAGGACUCAACAGAGAAAAGCAAAGCACAAGGACAAGAUACAGAAAACAUGGAUGGUAUUAUGGACAAGUUAAUAGACCCAGAGGAGAGAAAGACACAAGAACCACAGGACACAGAGGAAAUGGAUGUCAUUCUAGACCAGGGCAUGGCUAGUACUCAGGAAGAGAUGAAAGAGGUACUAGGUGAUAUGGAAUAGGUUAUGAAUUUCCCAGCAAGACAGCAGCAGAGGAAGAGUGGUAAGGUAACUUUACCUUCACUUCUACCGUAUUCUGUUUUCUCGUUUGACACUUCACAAACUGUCAAUUUAGGAUUCUUUUCUUAUUAGAAUGAAAGAACAAGGGAAAACUAGACAAAUGGAAGUGAUUGUGGUGAUCAUCACUUCCUUUCUUAAUCCCGCAUUUUCAUUUUCCUUCUACCUGCUAUUUAGCAUUUCUAUACUUCAGAAACUGUGAGGAUUAGAAUAGGUGAAAACUUGCUAGUAUUCUUCUGACCACCAUUGACCCUAAUGUAAAUAAAAUUGUCUAAUCAUACCCAAACUCGUGGUAAAAAUACAUCCAAGUACUGAAGGGGUUAAAACACAUUCACUAAAGAUUUUUCAUUUUUCAGUGUAUGUAUGUAUGCAUAUACUGAUGCUGUCAAAUUUUUCCAGCCCAGCUCACUUUUCCACUAUAUCACUAGACCCCCCACAUCAGCUCUCUUUUUGACUCCUGCCUUGCAUAAUCAGUCGGCCAUCCUGUGUAGUUUCCCUAUUACACCAGGGCUAGGAUGGUGCCUCCUGAUAGAGGAGUCAGGACUGGUUUUGGCAUUUGGGAAUGCCCUUCCUAACCUUGGACCAUGGCUAGGAGUAAGGUCUUUGCAUUUGUAAACAAAGUUGAUACAGUUUUCAAAGAUUAUAUCCAAUGUCUUAUAUUUUAACAUGAGUGAGGAAUAAAAGUAAAUAUUUGUAA